GCCGCGGCUGUCGACCGUAAUCUGAAUAUCUGAAUUACCUAUCUGAUAUUUUUUGGUUUAAUUAAUUUUUUAAAUAUUAUAAGUAUAAAUUAAGAGGCUAUAUAUUAUUAAUAAUAGAUACAUAUUAUGUGUAUUAUUAUUGUGUGUGUUGAUUUAUACUUUUCCCUGUAUACAAACGUAAUAAUAAUAUAACCAAUUGUGCUAUCCACUGUGCCUCUGCUUUCUAAAGUGAUUAGAUCAUUUUAUAUUAAGCUUACAAUGUCCAGAGACGACUUUGAUUUCGGGAAGUAUGUGACUGAUGUGUACGACCCUAUCGAAGUGGGCUCAAUAGAUAAAACGGAUACAGAACCACAUGACAGAGCUAUUGUUAGAGCUAUAUGCUCAAAGUAUGUGCCAAAUAAAUUGGUGCAAGGAAAUCCAGAGUACACAAUAUUUAUCACAAGGCUUAAUCCCAGAACAACACAGGAUACAGUUGAGUCAGAAUUCUCCAAAUGCGGCAACAUAAUAAAAUGCAGGCUGGUCAAAGAUAUUGUCACUGGGAAAUCUAAGAAAUAUGCCUUCGUAGAAUUUGAAAGUAGACUCAGUGUGGAACGGGCUUUGAAAGAAAUGCAUCGGGAGUAUAUUGAUGGCUCUGAAAUACUUGUUGAGAGGGAGGCCGAGAGACGCCUCCAGGGAUGGAAGCCUCGGAGGCUUGGAGGAGGGUUUGGUGGUAGGAAGGAGUCAGGGCAGCUGAGAUUUGGAUGCAGAGAUAGACCUUUCAGAAAACCCUUUGUUAUUACACCAAAGUAUGAACCAGGAACUAGUAGAAAUUGACUAAAUAUUUUUUUUGUGCUGCAGCAUUAUUAGGUUACUUAUUACUCCAUUGAUCCAAAACAAUAUUAAAACAUUGUCAUGCCAUUCAUCUUUAAAUACAGGAAUAUUGGAAA